AUGGCCAACAAAAGCGCACAAGGGUCAGUGCAAGCCACUAAAGAAAAGAAAUAUCUCGGCAAAUAUUGCAUAGCCGGUGGCCCAAAUAAGUCAAGUUGCAAAAAUAAUUCUUUAACUGCAGGAAUAUCAAUGCAUGAAUUCCCUAAAAAGGAUUCAUCACUUCGAAAAUCGUGGAUUCAAUUCGUCCAGCGACAUAGCCACAACUGGCAACCUUAGGCAUAUUCCUGCUGGUGUUCUGCACAUUUUGAAGCUUCUUGCUUCCAUAAUCGCAUUGACAUCAAUCUCGAAGGCACCAGUACGACACGAACGAAACGAUUGCUGGAUAGAAGUUUAGCUCUUCCAACAAUUGAUACGGUUUCUUCGGUGCGAACUUCAGACGCAAUCUCGUCAAGGGAACGCAGACAGGUACGCGAAUAAUAAUAAUGCAAUAAUUAUAUUCAUGUAUUUUCAAUAUCAAUAUGAAUUUUAAUCACUUGCUGUGCUUGAGAAUUUAAUACUGAACUAUUCAAGAAAUCUAUGAAGAAAUAGACUAUUUUGUCAAUCGUUUAUUUUAUGUAUAGUUCCUUCGUCAUGUUCAGCGAGAAUGGCAAACACCUCGGCAAACACCAUCUCUGAAUUUGAAUGUCGAAGCAAUUCAUGACAUUCACAUUGUGGAUCAAACUCCUUCGACCCCUUGUCCGAGCCUUAUUUACGAGCAAGCCACUUCAUCAUUGACCACUGUCGAAUCCAGUAUCGUAACUCCAAUUUCCAGUGAAUUACCGGUAUUGACUUCGUCCAAGGAACAAUGUAAAAAGCUGCGAGAUUCCUUGCGUAAAGGCAAAGUCGCUAGAAGGAAAUUGAAGCUGAAGGUGCAGCAGCUGGAAAAAACUAACAAGAGCUUAGUGAAUGUAAGUGUGUCUGUAUGAGAUGUUUAUACAGUAUGUAAGGGACAGAUCGUUUUAUAAAUUGUCAAAAGUAGAAACAUAAAUAUUUCAAAUUGAAAUUCCCUGUAUGCAGGUAUGCUUGCUAUGGAUAGACAAAGUAACAAAUAGUAUUAACCCGUUUAUAGCGCCCAAAUACACCCUGCUUAAUAUUUACUCUGUCUAACGCCAGACAAUUUUAGUUGUCAGUGGUAGAGUAUUGCCAAUUAAUGGGUUAACAAACCAUCUGCCCAUGUCACUUGUUAACCCAUUAGCACCCAAGUACACCCUACUUUAGUAUUUACUUUGCCUAAUGCCAGACUAUUUUACUCGUCAGUGGUAGAGUGUUGGUGGUUAUUAAUGAGUUAAAAUGAAAAUUGACAAGUAUUGUACAGAAACAACCAUUCACAUAUGAACCAAUAUUGCACUUAUUUUCCUGCAGAAAGUAAAAAAGCAAACUGUGAUGAUUGAUCAAGUUGUCAACAAUCUUCACACUGAUGAGUCUGAUGACGAUGAUGGUGAAGAUAUCGAAGAAGACUGGGAGCCAACAAAUGAUGAUGACGAUGGUGAUGAUGAGAUUCCAGCAAAUGAAGAGUCAAGAAAUGUGAUACGGUAUAUAACCGAUUGAAUGUGUAGUUUGAGAAUUCCUCAUGGCCAUAUCAACAUUUCCUUGGGUUUCACUACGGCAUUUUGCAGUGAAUCUGAUUGGGGGUCAAUCAAAAAUGAAUCGAUGCUUAUGCUGUACUGGAGUGAGCAAAUGAUACAAAAUUGCAUGUAUUUGACACCAAAGACAAGGCCAACACAUACAGUGAAAAAUUAAUUCACUCUGAUGACCGUGUCUCGAUUUAGAGUUGACCCCCCUUCAAAUUUAUGACAUCAUAUGAAACCCAAGAAUAGGGAACACAUUCUCCCUUGCAACACAAUUUUUCCAUUGCUAAAUUACUACUACGGAUAUUUCAAUAUGGCAAAUCGGAGCACAAUUUACUGUACCCUUGAUUGCAUUAACAUUUAUAGAUGCCCUGUUAGUGUUAUUUUUAAUCUCUAUUGUAACACUGUACUGGCAAUCCUUGGGUCUUACAUCACUUAAUUAACAUUGCCUACUUGUAAUUAAAUUCUGUACAAUGUCUCUUUUUUAGUGUCGAUGCAAGUACAACAUCAGUUGAUGAGCCAAAGUUUAUUGUUUUUUACCAAUCCCUUUUGGCUUUGUUUUCUUUGUUUUGUUUUAACUGCAAAGCAGAGAAACCAGAAGUGAGAAUGGAGCAGAAUGGUACCAUGGUAACUGUUGAGCAACAAUGCUCAAAUUGUCAUGCGAAACCAUUCUGAUGGAGGAGCCAACCUUUUAUACUUGGCAGAUAUCCAGCAGGAAAUGUUUUGUUGAGCUUUGCGACAUUGAUGGCUGGUGCUUCAAUCAGCAAGGUUCUUCUGGUUUUUUGGCAUUUUGGUUUGGCAGCCUACUCACCGAGGACCUUCUUUUAUCAUCAACGCAAAUUUCUUUUGCCAAGCAUCCUCCACUACUGGGAGUCAUACCAAGCUAAGCUGAUACAGUCAUUGAAGUCUGUCAAAGAUAGUGUUUGGAGUGGAGAUGGUCGAUUCGACUCAAUGGGCCACUCUGCAAAAUAUGGAGUGUACACAAUGUUCUGUUGUACCAUAAUGAAAAUUGUCCAUUUUUUGUCCCCCCCCCCCUUGGCUGGCUUACGGUACUCUAUGCACAUGUUCUAUAAUUUGUUCUGCAGACAUAUCAUGGCAAGCUUGCAUUUCAACGAAAAUAUUAAUCGGGAAAGUCAAACAACAAAGGAUGGAAAUGCAUAUGUCCAUGUCACAUAUCCCAAGUUCAAAUUGGGUGAUGAAGUUGUUAGAGAAGUAUCGGUACCACCAAAAUAUGGUGAGUUUUCCUUUUUUUAAUUAAUGCAUUACAACUGUUACAUCUCAAGGCCAGUGUAAUACUAUUUUUUCAUUUUAAUAUUUUUAAGAAUAUGUUACCUGCAUUAAAAAAGUUUUACUCACUUUGAGCAAGGAAGACCUGACCAAAGUGAGAAACAAAUAUUUGGCAAAGGUUCCAGCAGCACUCAACACCCAAUUUGCAGACAGAAAAUCGAAGAUUGAAGCUGUGCAAGAACAUGGGAAAAGAAAAAAGCAAGUUGUUGAACUUCCUCCAUCAGGUAUAAGAGAAACAAAUAACUGAAUAGAAUAUUGAAAUCCAGCCCUAGUCCUGAGUUAGAAACUGUAAGUACUGGUUAAUUAAGGCAAUUUUAAAAGGUUUACUGAAUUAUGAUCAAUAUUUUUUUAGCCCAAGAGCAAGAAACUCUUAAAAGGAAACUUGAAGAGGCUGAGGCAGCAAGGCAAGCCGAACCACCUGCAAAGAAACAGAGAUGCUGCCGGAAAUGCAAGAGUCCAAUGUUAGGGCAUCCAUGUGGUCAUUGUAUGAACCAGGCAGAGGAGAAUUGA